UUUCAGUUGUGUGGUGACAUCCUUAUAUUUAAGCGAAGAGCUAAAGGAAACAAACGCACCCUGUCUGUUCUCGGCGAUGUAGGAUUUACGGAAGAGGAGUCCCAGGCGUGGCAGAGGAACUUCCGUCUUUUACAGCGUAAAAAUGACAGCGACUCUGCGCCCCUACUUAAACGCUGUGAGGGCCACCCUGCAGGCGGCCCUCUGUCUGGAGAACUUCUCCUCUCAGGUGGUGGAGCGUCACAACAAGCCAGAGGUGGAAGUCAGGAGCAGUAAGGAGCUGCUACUUCAGCCUGUUGUCAUCAGCCGUAAUGACAAGGAGAAGGUUCUCAUCGAGGGAUCCAUCAACUCUGUCAGAGUCAGCAUUGCUGUCAAACAGGCUGAUGAGAUUGAGAAGAUCCUUUGCCAUAAGUUUAUGCGCUUCAUGAUGAUGAGAGCAGAGAACUUCUUCAUUCUGAGGAGGAAACCAGUAGAGGGAUAUGACAUUAGCUUCUUGAUUACCAACUUCCAUACGGAGCAGAUGUACAAACACAAGCUGGUGGACUUUGUGAUCCACUUUAUGGAGGAGAUUGACAAGGAGAUCAGCGAGAUGAAACUUUCCGUAAAUGCAAGGGCCCGUAUUGUUGCAGAGGAAUUCCUAAAAAAUUUCUGAGGACAUUGUUGGCCCUGAUUCCCCACAUGCUGGGAAACGGCUCCAUGGUCCAAUCAGCACAGGAGUGGAGGACAGAAGGAGUAAACAGCCAAUCAGAGAGAAGAUGAGAGAGGAACAUGACCAAUCUGAUGAUACCACUUGCACCCAUCUCAAGCAUUUCCCUGUACUCAUGAAUAUCAAUGACUGUAUAUAAUGAAAUAUUUACCAGUUUCAUUUUCAGCCACUUAGAACAAAUCCCCAAACAAAGGCGGGUCCUUAAAGUAUUAAUCAUGUUGAUAGCCAUGAAUACAGGGGUACUGAGAUCGCGAUGAUGCAAACAGAGCGGCCAGGUGUAUGUAUUUUUCUGUAUGUGAGUUUGUAUGUUCUGUCACUUUUGUUUCAAAUUUGUCUCCAAAAAUUUCUCUGUCCAAACCCAUAUUUGAGGAAAGUAGUCAGUUUGGGGUUUAAUCAAGGACACAGAGCAAGAGCUGUCUGUAAGAAAAACCACCAAAUCCCAUGUAGAAAAGGACAAAAGAUAAUAAAACUUUUGUUUUAUA